AUGGCGCCAGGACAGCGGUUGGUUCUGUGCGAGGAGACUGUGCGGGAGCGCAGCGGCCUGGGUCCCCACCGGGACCUGGCUGAGCUUCGAUCUCUGUCUAUUCCUGGAACAUACCAAGAGAAGAUAACUCACCUGGGGAACUCUCUGAUGCGUUUGACAGCUCUAAAAUCCUUAGAUCUCUCACGUAACUCCUUGGUUAGUCUUGAGGGCAUUCAGCAUCUGGUCUUCUUGGAGAAUCUCAAUCUCUACUACAACUGUAUUUCUUCAUUAGCAGAAGUAUUUAGGCUCCACUCCCUGACAGAGCUCCAGGAUGUGGACUUCCGGCUUAACCCCGUUGUGAAGAAUGAGUCUGACUAUCGCCUAUUUGUUGUGCACAUGCUCCCCAAGCUCCGACAGCUAGAUGACCGUCCUGUGAGAGAGAGUGAGCGGAAGGCUUCUCAACUUCAUUUUGCUUCAGAGGAUUCACUGGACUCAAAGCAGAGCUGCUCAGCGUUAACAGUUGGAAGACCACACCACUCCAGAACCAGAUGUGCUGGUACUUCGGCUAAGAAAUGCUUGGUUAUGGAUGCUGAUGAUGAGGCUGUCUUGAACCUCAUUGCUGAGUGUGAGUGGGACCUAAGCAAUCCUCCUGGGAGCAUGAACUCCAGCCAAAAGGAACAUGAGGCUGAUCUUCAUUAUUCCCAAGACUCCGGACAUCUGUUGAGUCCUUUGUCCAUCCAGCAUCAAUGUGGGGACUCAGUGAGGAGAGGCCACGAGAAGAAGAAAGGCACCUCUAGAGGGUGCUGUCCAGGUCAUUCACCACAGGACCAACUCUGUGGGGAGCUCACACCACAGCAUGGAGUGCCAGAGGCCUGCCAUGUGCAUGUGCCACACACCCGCUUCACUUCACACCCAGACUCUAUGGAUGUUGAGGACUGUGGUUCUUCUUCUCAGAAAUCAAGUUUGUCAUCACAGAAUAUAUUAAAUUCUUUGCCUGUUCCUGAAAAGUACAGGAAGCGAAGGAUGCCUGGUGGGAGAUUCCAGGUGCCUUCAGACCGGGAGUGUCUGAGCUGCCUAGAGAGGGCUGAUGUGCCCUCUGGCCUCAAGGACAGUCUGAGCAGACAGGAUGGCAUGGAGAGCCACAGUCAGAUGGCCAUGUCUCAUCCUGAGUCUUUGGAGGCUGAAGAGCAGACAUCUCAUGGCACAAGUGACCCCAGAGUGCUGUCUCCUAAACUUGGCGUGGCCACAGUGCCUGAGCAGAGGCCUGCUCUGGAAGUGGCACUCCUGGAGGCACUCCUCGACCUAAUAGACAGGUGCUCAAGCGGCAGUGGAUCCCUGCAUGGCAACGAGGCAUUCCUUGCUCAGGCCAGGCAUGUUUUGUCAUCUCUUCAAGACUUCACAGCAGCUCGGGACAGUUCAGCACUUGAAAAGGAAGAAAUUAGCUACCUAUCUCUUGAAAAUAAGUCUCUGCAAAGCCGCCUCGCUGAGCAGCAGCAACAGUACACUGCUGCAGUGAGCAAGGUGACGGCAGAACUCAACAGUUCCAGGAAGGAGCUGGACACAUUGAGGCAACAUUUAGACAAAUCUUUGGAAGAGAAUAGUAACUUAAAAUCUCUUCUAUUCAGCGUGAAAAAAGAAGUAAAAAAUUCAGACACAUCAACUGCAUUAACUUUGCAGAUCACUGGACUUCAGGCAAGUAUGAAACAGCUCUCAGGGGAAGUUGUGGAGUUGAAGCAGCACUUGGAGCACUAUGACAAGAUCCAGGAGCUCACACAGAUGCUGCAAGAGAGUCACAGUUCCCUAGUCAGCACCAAUGAACAUCUCCUGCAGGAGCUGAGCCGUAUGCGGGCACAACAUAGAGCUGAGGUAGAGCAGAUGCACUGGAGCUUCCAGGAGUUUAAGAAGACUGCUGCCCUCUUCCCACACCAUAGCUCCCGACUUGGUGGCCGCCAGUCCUGCUAGCUCCUUCUGAGCUAUGGUCUCCUCCUAUAGUUACAGCUCCAGAGUUGUGCCUGGGCAGGUAUCUAUCUGAAUACCCUGGUGAGACUGUAAUUACUUUAGAAUAAUCAAAAUGUGUUCAUGGUCUGAAGUUCAGCUUGCUUAUAUGUCCUAAAUUGAUCUUUGACCCUGGGGCUUUGCCGAAUUUGAAAUGCUUGUUUGUCAUUACACAUCCUGUCGUAAAGUACCUGUAGUAUUUUUUCCUCCCAAUUCGUGAAAGUUUUGUAUAAUUAAAAUGUUUUCAUGUGACAAGCAGUCUUUAUUUAAAGAAUUAAUACAUUGUUAUGUCUAAAAAGUAAACCUUUUAAAUGGCUCUUUAUAAAUUAUAACUGACUUUCUCUUUAAAUUCUUCUAUAAAAACCAGUUACACACAGUAAGUAAGCAAGAAGUAAGUUCCAAGUUGUAAUAAAAAAAAAUAACAUUUAUAAAUGUGAAAAACAUUUUAAGAAUUUGUAUGUUACCAUGUCAUAGUAAAAAAACAAACAACUCCCACUCCCUGCCUCUCCCUUUGCUUGCAGUAACUCCUGCAAAUAAACAGACUGCUCAGCUGAAACCAGGGGAAGGCUUAAAUGCAGUGUACAAAUGAAACCCGGAUGACUGCAUAUGUAAAAAGUGCUAUUAGAAUAGGCAGGUUUAAUCCACCAGGAAGAUACUCCUUGUAGAGUGAAGCCCGCGCAGACAGAUGCUCUUAUGCACUAGUGCACCGCUCCAGAGUCCCUCUGGAGACUGCCUGGGAUUGUCUAGAAAGCUGUUGUGAAUAUAUUGAAGGAAACAUGAACAUAAUGGAAAUAAAACCUUACUAACAAAGGAUUGAAUAUCUGAAACUUUUUGAGCAUCGUGUUGGUGUCCAAAUAGUCACACUUGGACUAGGAGUGCAUCUCCAUGUGGAACUCUUGCCAGACAUACACGAGCCUCAGUUCCAUCUCUAGCCUGAAGUGGGGGGAUGAAAAAAAAAAAACUUGAUGCCCAGAAAGAUCUACAUUUUUCUGAUUAGGAAUGCUCACCUAGAAGUCUGUAAAUUCAAAAAAAUAAAGAAAAUUUGAAAUCUAGAACACUUGUCCCAAGCAUGGAUAUAGGAAAUAGCCUAAGAUUUGGGAUUUGGGGAUCAUAUUUAUAAACAGUGUCUUUCCUUUUUAUUUUUUAAUAAUAUUUCUGAGGGAACUUUCAAACUUUAUUCUGGUUCUGUGUAUCAAUCUUUUUAUUAAUUCAUUCUGGGUACUAAUUUUUUUUUUUAAUUUCCUUUUGUGGUCAUUGUGAUAUUGUAAAAUAAGUAUUUGGGUUUUGUUGGUUUCCAAGCACACAGCACCUAGAACCUGACUCUCUGAAGGAUGGUAUCAUUGUGUGCUUGGCUUCAGGAUGUGGCCGACCACUGGAAAGAUACAGGCAGUGUGAUCCCCAACCCUAAGCUCCCAGAAGUGAAGGGGAUGAUGGUUAAAUUGAUCACCAAUAACCAGAGUUAAUAAUGCCUACAUAAUACAGUUUUGUAGUGAUAUUUAAGGAGGCGGUGCUUCCUGCCAUUGUAUGUGACCUCUUAGAAGAAAGGUCACAUGCCCCAUCUCGCUGCUCCUGCCUGUGAGGUGGAUUUGCUCCUGGUCAGAUCAGAAGACAACUUCUGCUGUCUACUCUGUUCUGUAUUCAUGAGUGUUUCCUCAAUUUAUAUCUUAAUAAAUUCUGUUGCCCAUUUAAUGGACUCACGUGGAUUGAUCAUAAUAAGUGGCGCCCACAUUACAAAAAGACCCCACACUCCCUGUAGCUCCUGCUUGCAGCCUCUGGGGCAGCAGCGGCAGGUUGGCUCAGAGGCUUGUGUGCUUGCUACAGGAACUUUCUUUGUGAGUAGAGUUUUUGUACCAAUUCAGUAUGAUUGUUUUAAAAUGUGGCAGAGCCUGUUCUCACCAACAGCCCAGUCCCUCCUGAGUUGAUUUUGGGCCACAGUGUGUGAGGAACUGAGGUGUGUCCUGGCAGGGCUAGACAAAGGAAGAGCCAGCUGCUGAGCCACUUCAGUAAUUGUCCUACUGGACCUUGGUCUCGGCCUCACAAGGUCAGAAAGAUUCUCCCGCCCAAGCCCUGCAUUGGCCCAGGUAGAUUUUGUGUUCAGGGCAGUGAGUGAGUUUCAAGUCUCAGCUUUGAGGCUUUUGGGGCAUUCAGCUGUGUUCUGUAGCUCCUAACCCCCAAGUCAGGAGUUAUAUAGUAACUGUCUAUUUCUGUUUGAGUUUUUGUAAGUCCUGUAUGUCUAUGAAUUAAUUUACAUUGCCUUUGUUUUCAGGUUAUUUUUCACAUAAAGCUGAUAAUCUUUUAUUAGUGCUUUAAUAGCUUCAGUAUUUGAAGUUGUACCAAUGUGUAGACAUGUUGCGACACUUGAGCUUUUAAAUAAGAAGACCUCACUAUCUGGGUAAGAAGAUAGCCUCUGUCCAUUGGCGUAGUCUACCUCAGAUUCCACACCACAGACAUGCUCAUCAAGCCAGUGAACAAGUAGGCCUGGUGUUCCCAUCUUCAGUGAGUCACUGGUGGGUGAGCUCCAGAACAUUCAUUCUGUCCUUUACCUUUUCAGCAUGUAUCUGCUGAACCAGCUUCCUGUCUGUCCUUCCUCCUGAAGCCAAUCAUGGCAUUAGACAUUUCCCACAAUUACAAAUGUAUUUGGGUUUACUGUUUCAUCAGUUUUCCUGUUUUGUAUUUCUUUGCUUUUGUUCUAUCUGCCAUUUCAUUUUGUAUAUUUGUUCUAGUGUGAUUUUUCUUUCUCUGGCUCCAGAAUUGUCAUUUUUUGUUUGUUUAGUUGGUGGUUGGUUUUUCUGGGUUUUUUGUUUUGUUUUGUUCUGUUUUGAGACACAGUCCUGACUAUGUAGCCUUGGCUGGCCUGGAGCUCAUCAUGUAGACCAGGCUGACCUUGAACUCACAGAGAUCCUCUAGCUUCUGCCUUCUGAGUGCUGGGAUUAGAGGUGUGCACCACCACUCCUGGCCACUUUUAGAUUGUGUCUUUUCAGCCCCUGCUAAUCAGGAAGCUGGUUAGCACUCUCGAUACCUCCAAGGUACACCAGAGCCUGUGAGCACUAGCCUCCCUUUCCACCUUUGGGUUUGUGUAGGAUUGUUGCCAAGUGUCUUAAUGAAAUAUUUUUAGUUUCACAAAAUAUUUGCAUAGCUACUAUUAAUCUGAAGCCACCUGCCUGCUUAUUCUUUGUUUUACUUUAUGUCAAAGACAUUUCCUUGUGAUCACUUUCUGCAUUUAGGGUUUUUUUUUUUCCUACUGGUAGCAAAUUUUUACAUUUCUAAAAAACCUUUUUUCCCCUCCUCUUAGCAGCAAUCUUCCUGGACUAGUAUUUGAGGUUGACCUGAAUUUUACUCAUCAGAUUGAUGAUGUGCCGUCUUUGGAGUGCUGGUAUGCAAGUUUAUGGGUCCGCCUUAAGUCUGGACCUCACCUAAGGGCCAGACCUGGCCUUGAGUCUGACAGAUGGCUGGUGUAUGUGCCCUCGAAGUCCUGCCUAAGCUAGGAAGCAGAAAGCCUCUUGAGUUAAGAGUAACAUGAGGCUCUCUGCUGGUGAGCUUUGCUGAAGGAAAGACUCUAGGCACCUCCAUGUUAGUACCCAGGUAUUAAGGCCCUGCUGGCCAGAGGAUGUGACAACUAGUAUAGAUAGCAUAUACUUUGAGGAAAAUAGAAAUCCACAUUUUAACACCUUUAUUCAUCACUUUACCAACUUGACACACAAUGUUAAUAACAGCAAACACAAUGAACAAAAUGUUGAUAGACACAAGCUGUUUCACUAAAGCAAUACGAGCCAGGCCAUGAUGAUAUGUCCAACAGGUGACUAGAUGCCUUGCACUCUAUAGGAGGGACAGGAGGGCCAUCCUGACCUGACAGACAUUCUGAGCAAGUGUGGUUUAGAUGUCAGCAUAAGUGCCUUUCUGAGUCAGAACACCCAUGACAUCAACAUUACCCAUCACACUGAUAAAGUGAUAUACUCCAUAUUCCUUAACAUUAAUAAAAUAGUGUAAAAAUAUAUAUCACAUAUAUAUAUAUAUAAACUUAACUCCCUUUCUUGAAAAAAACUUAGUACAAACUAGUAGUAGUAGCAUAUUAUUCCUUUCAAGUUUAAGUUGUACAGGCUUCCUUUGUUGUUUGGCUUGGUUUAGUUUAAGAGGUCUAAAGGAAGAGAUAAUUUAAGCGUCCCAAGAUGGCCACACCCCUGAACUGUAAAGUUCAGAAUGGUCAGUAGUAUGUUGGUGAAGAAGAGCAGUUUGGCUCAGUGUUGGAAGGAUAUUCUGUCUUCACAGUACAGCUAAAUUGUCACCCUUGCCAUUUUAAAAGGUGUUGGCGGGGCUUUCCCAAUGUGCCCAUGCUGUAGCCAGGUAGUAUACAAGUCUGCAGAUGGAGAGAUAGCCAGGCAGACAGACAGGCAGUUUUCUCUGAAAGGGGACAGGUGGCAAAUGUCAUACAUAAGUGUCUGUGCCAUGGCAUUUGUCUGAAUCCUCUCAGCCAGUUCUAAUGCCAAAGCAGCUACAGAACAGUUUGUAAACACCUGGUACAGCUGUGUGCUAGUAAAACUAUUCAUUAAAAUGAACUGGAGCAGCCCCGGGCCUCUGGGAGUGGGAAGGUUGAGUCUUGGCCCAGGGCAGGCACCUGUCAUCUCCCUAGAAGAGACUGCAGGAAAGUGGCAGAGGCUGCUGUGCAGCCCAUUUCAGAACUCUCUCCAUCUGUCAUAAUGUCCCUAUGCCCCUAUGUAAGAUAGGAUACUGAAAGGUGUAAAAAUACUCCAGUAUAAAUAUAGACUUUCAACAAUAUUUAAACAUGUAAUUUGAACUUUGAUUUUUGGUAAAACAUUCCCACUAACUAGUUGCUUAUCUUAUAGCAUUAAAUAGAAAUAAAUAAGAAUUCUUCUAGAGUCAGUGUUCUCAAACACCCUACCUACCUACCUUCAUUCCCAUCUAUAUUGUUCUUCCUGCAACCUGUACCUUUCUCCUGAAUGUCACCUCCAACAGAAUGUGUCCCUGUAUAUAACACCCCCACAGAGAGCAUGUUCCUGAGUGUCACCCCCAACAGAACAUGUCCCGAGUGUCACCUGCAACAGAACUUCUCUGUCACUCCAACCCAUGUCCCUGAGUGUUGCCCCUGACAGAACCUCUCCUUAUUUUCUGGCUGUCACACCUUAAGAGAACCUGUCUUUGUCUCCUGAGUGUCUUCCCCUGAUAAGAAUGUAUCUUUUUUGUCUCCUGGGUAUCAGCCCACAACAGAGUGUCUCUGUCUCCUGGGUAUCCCCUCCAGAAAAAAAAUGUCAUCUCCUGGUUGUCAUCACCUGAGAGAACCCGUCCCUGUCUCUUGUAUGUCUAUCACCUAAUAGCACAUGGCUCUGGGUCUCGGUUUGCAUGCUAUGCAGGUUUUUUUUUUUAUUCACAGAUAGAUACUGAAUUCUAUUUAUCCAUGAUUAGUAAAAGCUAAUUGGUAUCGCAUAAAACGUGCAACAGAGACAAACACCCUACCUGUG